CUGGAAUGUGCAUGUUGGUCAGGCUGUCUCAAACCAGCUUGGCUCGUCUCGAACAAGGAGGUGACUUCGAUCACAGCGAUAUCAUCAAGUGACAGUUCUGUGGUUAAAUGUUGAAGACGUUGGAGACAUUAUUUAUUCUGCGCCAAGACGGCGACUAGCAGUAGAGUCCAGUGCUACGACACUGCAUUUGGACGAGCGGUAUUUUUUCGAUGGCACGCAUUCGGACUUCGCACAGCAGUUCUAUCGACGAUAUCUCGCCGGAGACGAAGUGGCAGCAAUUACAGACACAAGCGAUCUGAAUGAAGUCGUAGACUACGUGAGUGAGUUCGGAUUGGAAUUUGCCAAUCUCCCCGCGAUGCUACAGCAAGCUGUUGUGUGGGAUAUGGGAUAUGUGGCUGCAGCAGACCUUGGGUACGUCAAGGUGUACACAAAAUGCGGUAUGCAUAUGUCAGAGUUGCAGCUUUCGAGAAGUGCUUAUAGAAGUGCUGGAUGUACCGAGCAAAGAUGCUCCUCGCCGAACGGCGAGCUGUUCUAUCAGUCGAUGUUCUGUACUGAUUAUCAAAUGGGGAAUGUGAGUCUUUGCGCUGCUACAAACGGUAUCACUCCAGUACACGGAGCAAUGUGGGCCGACGGUGGCGCUGACGAUGUGAUACCAGUGAGUGAGAUGCAGAGGCACCAAUGGACUGAUGCUGGUAUUAACUACACGAUCUUGGCGAUUCACUUAUCGGGAGACAUCAAUAGCUAUGGGAAGUGCGUCGUACCGUCCAUGGUGGUACCGUGUGUUUUAUACGAUGCCAACACAGCAGACGAGAACGACUGGUGUUCGCCGGAACAUGGUGAAAUUGUACCGCAAUGGCUCGAGCUCGAAAGGACUGGCGGGAUUUUAGUAACCGAGAGCUCAGGGUGGCAAAAAGCUGCUCUUCCUGUUACCAUCACAAGUGUGGUGCUACUGCUACUUGUACUGGUUGUUGCGUUCAUUUUCUGGAGAAAGAUUCGUGAAAGGCUGCGCCAGUCCGAGGAGUUCUAUGAACAAAAGCGUGCAAUCUUAGGCGGUCGACGUUCCGACGCGUUUUCUAUAAUGGACGACAUCGACUUCAUCCUUGAGGCCCCAGGUCGAUCGUUUAUUGAGAACGGAAGUCAACAAACGUGGGUCGCAUGGAAUCGUACAUCCGCCAAGCUGAAACAGGUCUCCAAACGCUCAGUUGUUGAAGAAAAUAGUGAAGAUCUGGAUGCGACGCUCGUGAGAGGAAGCUUCGAUGGAAUGGAUAGCUCUUACCUCCAUGAAGGAUCAGCUCACCACCAACACCUUAACUAUAGCAAGCCGACCACAGCACGCAUGACGAGCUUUGAGUCCGGUAUGCUGAACAGUCCACGAAAUACGCUUAUGAUGACGCUUGCACGCCAAACGAAUUCAGUCGACCAGGAUAGCUCUGGAAUAAUGAAUAGUCCUUUGACCGAGUUCCAGAACGAUUCAGCGGUGGCUUCGCGUCGUGUUCCUUUCGUUGACAUUAGCCUAAUUCGGCAGAUUUCAUCGGGUGCAUAUGGAGAUGUCUGGUUGGGCCGCUUGCGUGGUGACAUUGUCGCUGUAAAGAGGCUCAUUCGUGAACGACGUCGUCAAGUCCACGAACUCGAGGUUUUCGCAGCCGAAAUCCAGCUUAUGGCUUCGUUGGAUCAUCCGAAUGUACUUGGACUAACGGGUGUAGCCUGGAAUACCCUCGAAAACCUGCUCCUCAUCAUGGAGUACAUGGAACGGGGAGACUUGCAGCACGUUUUGCAGUGUCAAAACGGAGCCAAAGACGCGUCCAGUGGAAACAACAGCAUCGACGAGUUCUCGUGGGCUUCUCACAAGGCGAAAAUCGCUCGAGAUAUCUCCUGUGGUCUUCAAUAUCUUCACAGUCUCAAGCCUAUAGUAGUGCACCGCGACUUGAAGUCAAAGAACGUGUUGAUUGGCGACAAGUACGAAGCUAAGCUCAGUGACUUUGGCGUCAGUCGAAUGCGACGUGGUGACGAGACCAUGACAAGUGGAGUGGGCACGGCGUACUGGAUUGCGCCCGAGGUGUUGGCUGGGCACAAGUACUCUGAGAAGGCAGACAUUUACUCGCUGGGUGUUGUGUUGGCUGAGUUAGACACUGGAGAAUUGCCAUUCUUCGACGCACGCACAUCAGACGGAGACAAGAUGGAGGCGAUUCAUAUUCUGAGUCUUGUGGUAAGUGGCGAGUUACAACCGAGCUUUACGCUUGACUGUCCUGAAGACGUCCGUAAAUUGGCACUGGUCUGUUUGAAUCCGAAUCCAGACAGUCGACCAUCCGCCAAAAUGGUCCUGGAUGAGCUCAACCGACUGCUGGAAGGGUGACCACUCAGGAGAUUUUCUACAAUUGUGGACAAGACGAUGGCAAGCGGCUACGAUGUCAACUACGCUGCGCUGGGACUCACGUUGGAGCGAUUCGAGGCGUUCAAGACCGUGUUUUCUUCACUAGAUAAGGCUCACACUGGGGCCAUCUCCACGAGGCAACUGGACGCGCUUUGUUUCCAGUUAGGCGAGACUCUCGACGAAGAGGAACUGGCAGUCGCUGCUGCGAGUCUCGCAGACCCGAAAACAGGCCUCAUCCACUUCAAUACCUUCCUGCC